AUGAUGAUAGUAUUCGAGGCCCGGCCGCCCGCCUCCCGAGGUUUCCCCGCGUGCACCAUUUCGACCGAUCGGCCGAUCGGGGGAGUCGUAGCAUGGGACGACCAGCACGACACCCAGAAUCCGAGAAACUUCCCAGCAUUAAGAAAAUCGACCAUUCUAGCCUUAUUAAGCUUCAUGAUAGUACUCAGUUUCUUAACAUCCUCAAUCAUCGCACCGGCUGCUUCGAGCAUUGACUCUGAGUUUCACAAUGAUUCAUCCACAGUAUCUUCCAUGGUCACAACUAUAUACGUCUUUGGCUACCUCGUGAUUGGACCUCUUCUUCUUUCACCACUAAGUGAAUUCUACGGUCGACGUCCAGUAUUCUACUACGCCAACAUCUUCUACACCCUCACCCACGUCGGCAGCGCUCUGUCACCCAACAUCGGAUGUCUCCUCGCGUUCCGCACAAUCUCAGGCUUCGGAGCAUCAGCCUGCUUCUCAGUCGCGGGAGGGAUGCUAGCAGACCUCUACGACGUCCAUGAGCGCGGCAUCCCAAACGCCAUCAUCACGACUGGGUCUCUUUUCGGACCCACGAAUGCGCAUGUCAUUUUACGUCAGAAGACGUUGAGGUUAGGAAAAGAGAUGGGGAGGAAGGAUUUGCUUAGCUUUCAUGACAACCAGCUUGGGACUUCGUCCAAGAAGAAUCCUCAGACACUGGGACAAGCACUCCACCGCCCCUGGAAGAUGUUGUUCCGCUCACCCCUCGUGCCUGUAUUUUGCAUUAUGACGGGUUUCAUCUCGGCUCUUCUGUACAUCCUCCUCACGUCCACAUCCUCAUUCUUUCAAGAAGUCUAUGGCUGGUCCCUCGAGACGGCCAGACUGGCCUACCUGGGCCUCGGUUUCGGGAGUCUAGUCGGUCUCCUCCUCUUCGCCAAAACAUCAGACCUCAUUGCCGUACGACUCGCAAAGAAGAAUGGUGGUCUGUAUCAGCCGGAAAUGAGACUGGUAACCGCCUUCAUUCCGGUCCUGUUCAUCCCCGUCACGUUUUUCUGGUAUGGCUGGUCGACGUACGCGAGGACGCAUUGGAUCAUUCCUUUGAUCAGUUUGGCGCCGUUUGGCUUUGCCCAAGUCGGGAUCAACGCAUCUUCUUCGGCUUAUUUGAUUGACGCCUCUGGGCCUUAUGCGUCCUCUUCAUAUGCUUGCGUUACGUCGGCUCGCUGUCUUAUCGGUGGGUUUCUUCCUCUGGUUGGGCCUACUCUUUACCAGAACCUUGGCCUAGGAUGGUGCAAUUCGGUGCUUGGUUUUGUGAGUUUGGCUAUGGUUCCAAUCCCACUCCUGCUGUAUCGGUAUGGGCAGAAGCUCAGAGAGAGAAGCCCCUUGGACACCGUUACAUAG